CACUAGCUCCGCCCCUUCUCUCUACGGAGGCGGCAAUCGCGAUGAAGCCGCCGAGAGACUGGCUUUGUCCCAGAAGGGGGCGGGCAACUCCAGGAGAAGGGCUGCUUCGCCAGGCGACGGCUGAGGAGGCGGAGCCCCGUCGCGCGGCGGGGGCAGGGGGCGGAGCGGGCACGAGUGAGGAGUGCUGGGGCCUGUUCUGUGUCAGUCGUGCGUGUGUCUGUGAGUGUGUGGAAGAAAAGAGGGGCUCGAGCCGCUCCAGGACUCCCCCCUCCCGCAGCGCUUAAGGCGGCUCCCUCCCUCCCUCAUUCCUCUCCCUCCCCCCUCUCCCAGACUUCGCCAUGGAGGAGGCAUCCCGGCUCCUCGCAGGGCUCCAGCCUCCUCCCGGAGCCGCUGGAGAUCCUCCCCACCGACUCCAAGCGCCUCCGGGCCCGCCCCAGCCCCAGGCAGCCCCCGGACUUCAGGACACGGGUGACAUCUUGCAGCAGAUCAUGGCCAUCACUGAUCAGAGCUUGGACGAAGCGCAGGCCAGGAAACAUGCCUUGAAUUGCCACCGAAUGAAACCUGCUCUCUUCAGCGUGCUAUGCGAUAUUAAAGAAAAAACAGUGUUAAGUAUACGCGGUAUUCAGGAAGAAGACCCCCCUGAUGCUCAGCUAAUGAGACUAGAUAACAUGUUGCUGGCUGAGGGUGUCUCCGGGCCUGAGAAGCGGGGAAGAGGAGGACCUGCGGCCAUAGCAGCAACAUCAGGUGGCUGUCCAAAUGACAAUAGCAUUGAACACUCUGACUACAGGGCCAAGCUGUCACAGAUCCGACAGAUAUACCACUCUGAGCUAGAGAAAUAUGAACAGGCUUGCAGUGAGUUCACCACCCAUGUUAUGAAUCUGCUUCGGGAACAGAGUAGGACCAGACCAAUUUCACCCAAAGAAAUUGAGCGCAUGGUGAAUAUAAUUCAUGGAAAGUUCAGCACCAUUCAGAUGCAGCUGAAACAGAGCACGUGUGAGGCUGUUAUGAUCUUGCGCUCACGGUUUCUUGAUGCAAGGCGUAAACGGCGUAACUUCAGCAAGCAGGCAACAGAAGUCUUGAAUGAGUAUUUUUAUUCUCACCUGAGUAAUCCUUACCCCAGUGAAGAAGCCAAAGAAGAGCUAGCAAAGAAAGGAGGCAUCACAGUCUCGCAGGUCUCUAACUGGUUUGGUAACAAGAGAAUCCGGUACAAGAAAAAUAUGGGGAAGUUUCAGGAGGAAGCUAACAUUUAUGCAGCCAAAACAGCGGUGGAUGCAACCAAUGUGGUGGCCCAGGGCAACCAAACAAGCUCUCCACCCACCCCAAAUUCUGGUUCCUCUGGGUCAUUUAAAAUGACAAAUUCUGGAGAUUCCUUUAUAAAUCUGCAGUCACUCACUUCCUACCAGAACUCGCCAGUGGGAGCCAAUGUGCAGUCACAGAUGGAUUCCUUACACCAUGUCAUACACCAGGCAGGAAGAUAUGACAGCAUUGUGGGGAACCCUCUAUAUUCAACGCAGCGUAUUGAUGCUAAUGGCAGCUGGCAGGAUGCUACUACCCCUUCAUCAAUCACUUCACCUGCCGGAGAUCCCGGAAGCAUUAAUUCAGAUGCGUCUAAUUAAAAUUUUUAGGACCUGUUGAGGAGAGGAAAGAGGUCGUUAGUGUAACUUGUCAAUGUUGCUCUUUUUUUGCCAAUACUUUUGAUUCUACAACUUGACACACACAGCUAAUUACCUCAGACAAAAUAAAAAUAAAAAAGAAAACCAAUAGAAGAUUGUGAUUAUAUAUGGACACCUCUCUACCUCUCGGCAUGAUGUGCUUGAGUUCUUCUGGCUUCUGCCCUUUGGGUUGUAAAGGAACUGGCUUCAUUUACCAAACCAAAUUCCUUUUUUAAAAAGAAAUAUCACUUUUAUGCUUAAGAGUCUGAAAGUGUUUCUCCAAUGAACUUUGGAAUUUGUCUCCAUUUUUCCAGUUUAAAAAAAUAGCAACUGAUUUUAAUUUCUAUGUGUUUUUAUUAUAAAAAUUCUGUUCUAGAUGCUAGUUACUAACAAAUAGCCCCUCUUGUAUUGUAACUGUAUGCUCUGUAUUGUAAUUUUGUAUAGGAAGGCUUUUUCUUUGAACUCAUUAACCAGAAGAGGCCAUUGCUUUACCAAAAUGAUUGUUGGACUUUGCUCUCGAAUAGAAACUUCAUCUUCUGUGUCACUCUCAUGUAGUUCUAAUUUAAUGUCUUAGAGUAAACGCAGACUUCCCUGUGAAUAGACUUUUGUGCACUUAGACAAAAUGUUAAUAUCAAAGUCCACCACUUUCAGUUGAAAUUUUAUCAAAGAAUAAACUUCCAAAGUCUUUUUUUUC